AUGGAAAGCUCAGCGAUUAUCCGACGUGGCAACGGUGCUACGAUAAGUAGGAAUGAUGCACGAUUCAACAUCAUCGAGCACCUGGAAAAACGCUACGGCGGUGGAGCUGUGCUUAACGACGGUGACGACGGCGACGUGGGCAUUGGUGGCUUAGAUAGACGUGAUGACGACGACCUGUAUGACUCCGAGGACUCGUUCAUCGACGACACGGAGCUGCAGCAGAAUAUCGAAGAGGUCAGAGGACAGACGCGGGUUAAAACGAAGCAUUCGGGUUUCUUCGUCAAUGCUGGAGAUGAGAUUGAGACGCUGGAGAAGGAGGAAGACGAGCUGUCGGAUGGGAAAAGCAGGAGAGGCAAGAAGAGAGCGGUGGAUGGAGCGCUACGGUCUUUUCUGGCGGAGAUGCCAGAUGCAGCCAGUGACUGGCAGCCAAAUGAAGAAGUGGUGAGGAAACUCGAGGUGUUAAGGACCGCAGUGCAAGAAUUGGCGGAGACAGCGCCGAUCCCGAAGGUAUUUCCGAGAUCGCUGGAUGAGCCACUGCGUGCGGUUGAUAAGUUGGUGGUGGAAGCACACCCGAAUAAGUGGCGUGUGACGGGAUAUUUCGCCACACUGAUGACCUUCUUGCCUUACACGAAGCAGUAUCUAAAGUCAAAUAUGCUACGACUGGAAGCACGAGAUGUAGCGAGGAAUGAAAGGGAGAAGCUGGAUAGCGCGCUCGAAACUCUGACUCAGUUCAUUGCUACAUACGGGACGCGAGCUACAGCUGAGCCUAUCGAUGUGGUCAAAGCGGAUAUCGCAAAGGACAAGGAACUAGGUGCAAAGCUACAUGCACUUUUAGAGCUUCAGGACGAGUGGGUUUCCAAAGAAAAUGACUACCGACAAAUGCUGAAGACGGAAGACAAGAAGCACAUGAAGGAACCAGACUAUAAGCCACUCAACCAGCGCCAGGAACGCAAUCGAAUGUUUAACCGGGUACUCGCACUAUUCACCCCUGGCCUGACCGACCUCCAGACAUUACGCGCUUUGAACAAGGCCGCAAAAGUUAAGACGUCGAAAAAGCCUGCACAACCGAAGACUCCAGUGAAAGGCGCCACCGCAGCAGCAAAAAAGAAAAUGCCCGAGCCAGCAGUGGCAGGAACCGGCCCCGUCAAGCGAUCGAUCAAGCCUUUCAAGUCGCGAAUGAUGGACGAGACUCCACCAUUUGUAGAAGACGACUUUGAAGAGGUAGAACAGUGAGAUAGAAUAAUCUUGCCAAA